CGUUAAAAAAAAUAAUUAAACAAAUGUAACAGAAAAUUAACAGAAAGGGAAGGGGGAAAAUACGGUAACAACAAGAGAGGAGGAAGAAGACGAACGAGAACCCUUGAACAUUCGAGAGUCUUCGCAAUUCCGAUUUCCUGAUCGGAUCCUUCCAAUUUAUCGUCGAUUAUACGUUGCUAUCGAUCUCUCUCUCUCUCUUUAUCUUCGCGAUGGAUUGAGGAGGAGGGAGGCGACAAAAAAAAAGAAGAUGAUGUUUUGCAGAAACGUCUUCGUGAAACGGAAGAAGAAGAAUCCAGGAUCGGUGCCUGUUUAUCUCAAUGUUUACGAUCUCACCCCAAUGAAUGUCUACGGUUACUGGCUCGGAAUCGGCAUUUAUCACUCUGGUCUCCAAGUUCAUGGGGUUGAGUAUGGAUACGGGGCGCACGAGCAUUCAAGCACAGGGAUUUUCAAAGUGGAGCCAAAGAAGUGUCCUGGUUUCACAUUCAGGAAAUCGAUCCUGGUGGGUGAGACGGAGAUGAAGCCCAAAGAAGUUGGAAGCGUUAUGGAGGAGCUAGCAGAUGAGUAUCAGGGGAGUAAAUACCACCUCAUCACAAGGAACUGUAAUCAUUUCUGCAACGAUGUUUGUUUAAAACUUACUCAAAAGUCAAUCCCUAACUGGGUCAACCGUCUUGCUCGCUUAGGUUUCAUGUGCAACUGUGUGUUACCGGCUAGCUUGAACGAGAUGAAAGUGAAGCAGGUAGGUAAAGACGGGAAGCUCUUGGAAGUAGGAUCAAGUAAAAAGAAUAAAAAGAAGAAGAAUAAAAAGAAGGCGGGAAGCAGAUCGGGUCCUUUAGCUUCUUCAUCUGAUUCAAGGGUAGCUAAUAAUAAUAAUAAUAAGCCUUCACAUGCCAGAUCAAUAUCAACCGGUAAUCCUCCUUGUUCUGCUUCUUUUUGUCCUUUGAAGUAACAAAGAUAUCGAGUUCCCUUCUCAUGGUUGCAUCUGGAGCUCAAGAUUAGAAAGCGUAAGCGUGUGAAGACAUGAUUCUUUGUCAUUGUUCGAAAAGCUAACUAUAUAUAUUUGUAUAUGAACUGAGGGUCCUUGUAUUUUAUUCACAAGUGUUAACAACCCUUUUGGGUUGGUUUUCAUUGUUAUAGGAGAAUCAUCAAAAUCUGCCAAAAGAAUGUGUGAAUUCGACUUUCAUCUUGUAUGUUUUGGAUGUAAUUUUUUUUUUGAAUAUUUGUACAAUUUACUUUUCUGAAUGUUAUCAAAUUCAAUUGAAACAAGUUUGUCUUUC